AUGGGCCGUGCCUUACGACACAGCGCGCUGGCUUCCUCCCCGGGCCUGCCCGGGCUGGCCAUCCUCCCGAUCCCCACCCGCCAUCCUCCCGAUCCCCUCCCGCCAUCCUCCGGCCUGCUCCCGCCCGCCUGCUCCUCCUUCCGCCCGCGCUCCCUGAGGCAGCCCAUGGCCGGAUCCUGCUCGGCGCGGCUGCAGGGCGACGUGUCCGCCUUCACCGCUGCCCUGCGCACCCUGGUCAACAACCCCCAGUUCAGCGAUGUGAUGUUUGUGGUGGGCCAGGAGCAGCAGAAGGUGUUUGCACACCGCUGUGUGCUGGCGUGCCGCUGUCAGGUUUUCCGUGGGAUGCUCAGCCAGGCACCAGUGGGCAGCCAGGACUCUUCCAGCAGCGUCCCAUCCCAGGGCCCCUUCAUCCUGGGCAACGUGCAGCCUGAGGUCUUCCUGGCCGUCAUUGAGUUCCUCUACACCAACAGUGUCACCCUCAACAGCCACAUAGCACUGGAAGUGCUGACCUCAUCGGUGGAGUAUGGCUUGCAGGACUUGUGCAAGCUCUGUGUCAAGUUCAUCAAGGACACGCUGAGUGUGGAGCAGGUCUGCGAGGCCCUGCAGGCUGCAGUGACCUAUGGUCAAUUUGACCUCCAGCAGCACUGCCUGGACUUCAUCGAGGGCUGCACUGCGGCAGUGGUGCAGACACAGGGCUUCCGUGAGCUUUCCGACGUGGUGCUGGCACGGGUGCUGCGCAGUGACCGCCUGGCCGUGGAUGAGCUGGACCUGGUACAGGCUGUGCGGGAGUGGGCACACGUCAGCUCAGCUGUCCUGGAGCGUCCGGUUCCAGAGGUGGCUGCCCUGCCCGUGAGAGAGCUGCGUCUGCCCUUGCUGGCACCCAGCGAACUGGUGGCACUGGAGAGCUACAACCAGCAGGACCUCCUCAUCCCGGUGGAGAACAUUGCAGCAGCCUGGCGUGCCCACGCACUGAGGAGGGGCAGUGGGGUGCCCUCCCGCCUCUGCCGUCCCCGCCGGGGCACGCGGCCCCGUGACCAUCACCGUCACCUCGAGCCACACACCAAGUAG